ACAAGUUAACUUAAAUUAUUGUGCUGCUUCAAAAUUACAGUUCUUACAAUGGGAUUAUUGGAUUUUAAAUUUAAAUUGCAGUAUUGGCCUAUCCUGUCGUCUUCUUGGCUAAGUUUUACAUACUUUUCAACGUAUUGUAUAGCUGUCUAUAAACAAGAUGUAUCUCCAAUAUUUCCUUACAUUAGCGACACCGCAGCAAAACCCUGGGAAAGUUGUUAUUUUGCUCAAAUGCAUAACAUAGGUGCCUUAUUCACUUUAAUAUGUAUGAUUAUAAGACACAAAUUAGUAGAAUUAUACUUUAAUGAAGGCCAAAUCUCACUUCGUCUCAGAAAAGUGAAUAAAUUCUCGUUAAUUUUUGGUUUUCUCGGAUGUUUGGGCAUGAGCUUGGUGGCCAAUUUUCAAGAAACUAGUGAAAUUUUUACACACUUACUUGGAGCUUUUCUUGCAUUCUUUUGUACAUCGAUAUAUUUUCAAAUUCAGACAUACAUCUCUUGGAAAACCGACAUAAGCUUAGAAGUUAAGUUCGUUAGACUAAUUUUAAGCGCAUUACUAUUUCCUUUCUACACGUCUACAACUAUAGGAGCAAUGGUAGCAGUAUUAAAAUUUAAAGGAACAAAUGUUUUAAAAUGGGGAAUAGAAGAUGGUGGCUACUAUUCACAUUUAGUGUCGACUUUUUCUGAAUGGAUUUUGGUAGGACUAAUGAUGAUUUAUACAUUUUCUUGCAGUGAUGAAUUCAAAAGAAUUAAGUUUGAAGGAUUAAACUUUAGUUUAAAGAAAAAGAAAAGUGAUGAAAUUAUUAAUUAAUAUUGUAUAAAUAUUAAAUAUAUUAUUUUGUCCAUUUUUCUUGGACUAUGAAUUCAGGUUCUAUAAUGACAAUACUUUUAAACUCCCCUGUACAUGUGGCCGCAAAUAAAAUUGUAAAUAUUGCCAUUAUCCAUUCUGCAACAGCACUAAUUAUAUGGUACAUAAACCCAU